AUGGAUGCACUACUGCCACAGAGAUUCACUGUCCCGGGUAAAGGUGCAUUACCACUAAAGUGGAUGGAUGCACUACCGCAAAGAUUCACUGCCUCAAGUAAAGGAGUGUUACCACGAAAUGGAUGGAUGCACUACCGCAAAGGUAGAGGUGGAUACACUACCACAGAGGUGAUUGCCCGAGUAAAGGAGUGUUACCACGAAAGUGGAUACACUACCACCACGGAGAUCACUGUCCCAGAAGAAGAAACUUCGAAGAAAAGAAAGCUAAAGAAACAACUCGCAAAAAAUCUCUCACUGAGUGUAAAUAGUACUAGCAAGAAAGAAGUGUGGAUAUACUACCACAAAG